CGUGAAUCCGUAUCUUACGCGAACGCUUUACGAAUGAAAACACUAGCCUAUGGUUGCCACUCAGGGAUCGGCGCUGAUAAGAGUAAUUUACACUUUCUUAAUCGACCAUAGCGCCAUCAGCACCGGGAAAAGGACAAAUUAGGUGCCUAAUGUUGCCUGCAAACUACUGAACGUACUGGAUGCAAACAGGAGAAAUUGUGAUGACUAAAUAAUGAUAAGUGAUAUUGAACUAUUUCUGGUUAAUUGUUUUCUGUUGAAAGGCUAGUUUCUUAGUGUUUUGUAUGAAACCAAAGCCAAGACUCAGCUGUACAAUGCACUUGUUGAUAAGAUCAUUAUGGCAGAGUACCAGGAACACAGUAAGAUUUAUGAAUAUGUAAAACUGCUCAUAUAUACUGCAUCACUGAUCAAGAUCAUAAGGCCACACAUAUCGGAUCCUAUUACUUAUGCAGUCAAGAAAGCCAUAAGGAGGAAACUCAGAUUAAGUGUCCAGAGAAUUUCUCUCAAGAAGCUGAAUACUCUUCUUGCUUCAUCUCCAGGAUUAGAACCUGACCUAAAUGCUGAUGUCUUCAUUAGUGAAAGAAAGGCCAUUAUUUAUGGAGUUCAAAAUGGAGAAUGGUAUAAUGUGUUCUUUAUUGGUAGUAUGUGUAUGAGAGCACCAAACUUACAGAUAAUAAAGAGAAGAUGGAUCAGAGUUAACAUACAUUCUGAUAUAGAUGACGAUCAUUGUUUGCUUUCUCCGAUAUUAUUUCAUAACUUACAGAAUGGCAAUCAUGAUCAGAUGUGGAGUUUGGAAUUUGAUGAUAGUAUAAGCAACAUGCUAAUUUCUGAACAUGUAAAAAGAGUUUUGACACUGUGGAAAGAAGCAUAUGCUGUAAGGGAGAGUGAAAAGGUAACCUUGGUGCAAAGUUCACCUUCAACUGCAACAGAAGUGCAUGUGCAGAUUGUUGAGUCACCAGACUAUAAAUGUGGAAGUGAGCUGGAAGUACUACUAUCCGAUGCUUUCAGAACCCCUAAAUUAGCAGCUGCUGGAGACAUAAUUGGUCUUCCAGUACCAAAUCACUUGGGCUAUGAAUUUAGUGCAGGCACUUCAGUAAUACCCCCAAAGUAUAUCUUCAUCAGAAUGUCAGUUCUUCAAAAAGAUCAGGGUAGUAAAACCAAGGAAUCAUUAUUGAUUUCUACAGAAACAACAAACCUUUAUUUAGUUGGCACAACCCAUUGUUAUCUUCCGCCACUUUGUAAAAAUUUUGAUAAAGGUGGCACAGUUGAUGUUCCUCCAGUUUUAAAAAGAACCUUCAACAAUGUAACAAAUAUUCUGCAAAGUGAGCUAAGAGAAAGGAAGCAAGAAGUGCUAUCAGGAGAGAGGCAUCUUAGUGAGAAUAUGAAGAGAAAAAAGUAUAGAAUGCAGAAAAGUUCAUUAGGAAAUUUAGAGAGAGAACACAGAACCGGUGGUGCAAAUAUACUUAUGUUAGGGGCUCCAGGUAGUGGAAGUGAACAGAUUAUAGAGCUGUCAGCAUCCUCAUUGAACCUCAGUGUUGUAUGGGCAGACUGCUGGCACUUGAAAGGAGACACAAGUGGUGGCACGGAGGCAAGGUUACGUCAGAUCUUUUCAAGAGCAAUAGGGCAAGCUCCAUGUGUUCUUGCCCUCACCAGUGUUCAAGCUAUUUCAAAGGAUCGAGAUGGAGGUGAAGAUGCUCGUGUGGUGGCAGCCUUGAAGGAAGAGGUUGCCAAAUUACCAGAUUUGCAACCACCUGUAAUCCUGAUAGGCACAGCACCGCACCGGACACAGGUUUCUGAGGACCUUUGGAGUAUAUGGAGCCAUCAAGAGUGCAUAGAUGUACCUGAAUUAGAGGAACGUAGACAGAUGCUAGAGUGGCUUCUCUCCAAACAGCUACAGCAGCACCAGUUUCUGACUUUGGCUCAGCGCACUGCUGGUUUUGUGUUUGGAGACUUGCAGGCUCUUUUUGGUGCUGCUCAGAGGAUCUCUUUGGAUCGCACAAAAACCUCUGAAGACAAAGGAACUACACAGGAGAAAAAACAGAAUAACCCUGAAAGAUGCUCCACUCUGAUGUAUGAGGAUGUUGUGAAGGCUUUAGAUGAAUUGCAGUCUAGUCGCAGUGAGGCAUUAGGUGCUCCACGUAUUCCACAAGUGAAAUGGAAUGAAGUGGGUGGAUUAGAAGAGGCAAAGCGUCAAGUUAUCAAUACUAUCCAGUUGCCUCUGCGUCAUCCAUCUUUGGUGUCAAAUAAGCUUCGCCGUUCUGGAGUGUUGCUGUAUGGGCCACCAGGCACGGGCAAAACUCUUCUUGCUAAGGCCGUUGCUACAGAAUGUGGUUUGAAUUUCCUUUCUGUGAAAGGACCAGAACUACUUAACAUGUAUGUUGGUCAGAGUGAGGAAAAUGUGCGCCAAGGAGAAAUUGAUAAAGAUGAAGCAAGUGUAAGUGUAGGGGAGGAAGACUUGGCUGUGGCUGCCAGCCAUUUGAUUCCCUCUGUCACUCCAUCAGAACUAGCACACUAUAAGGCUCUGAGCACCACCAAGCAGAGAUAAUGGUUCUUAUGUUUUUCUUAUUUUUUUGUGCAAUGCAUAUUAGGUUGUGAUUAUUGUUACAAUUUCUUUUAUAAGAUGCAAAGAAUGAUGUGUAAAUACAUCUUAUGAAUACAGAAUAUGAUUCAUUUAUAUAUUGUAGCACAUCAGUAAAAGAUGAAUUGGUUUUAUUGUAUUUUAUGUUUUAUGAAUAUUUUUUAUGUUUUAUGAUAUUGAUAUUGAAGAUUUUUAUAUAUAUUUAAUCUGAUGUGCUAAAAUAUUGAAUUUUGAUUAUCAUUAGCUAUUAUUGUACUGCAAUGUAUGGUUUCAAUUAUGUCCAUUGUAAAUCCAGGUUUGCAGUGGUAUUACAGUUCUAAAACUUGUUGGAAUAGCUUUAAUUUCAACUCAUUGCUAUGCUGUGAGGAAUGAGGAAUGAGUAAUAUACUACAUUUCCUGAUCAUAUUUUUUCAUCCCAUCAGUGCACUGUAAACUGUUAGUUAACUAAUAAAGCAAAAAAAAUACACAGUGUACCCUAAUUGUUUGUGUACAUCCAAAGACUUUGGUUAAAAUUUUUGUUUGCCUAUUGUGCAAAAGCUUUUUUGAUGUACAUACUUAAAUAUAUUUCUUUCUAAGAAAUACAACAUACAGUAAAUGUAGGAGUAAUAAGAAUGAAAUAAAAUUGUACCCCUAA